CUGUAAUAGAAUUUGGGUGGGCUAAAAGCCACGCUGAGUUUCCCUUAGCAUGGGUAUCCUUGGGAAUUCCCCUGAAGCGCUGCCCACUGCCUCUGAACCAGUACUGACACUGGGCACAAUUCAUCUCCAGUGGAGUUUGUUGGAACUCUGGCGUUGACUCAAAGACACAGCCAUGAAAGAUCCGAGUCGCAGCAGCACCAGCCCGAGCAUCAUCAGCGAAGAUGUGAUCAUAAAUGGUCAUUCUCAUGAAGAUGACAAUCCCUUUGCGGAGUACAUGUGGAUGGAGAAUGAAGAGGAAUUCAACAGGCAGAUCGAAGAGGAGUUGUGGGAAGAAGAAUUUAUUGAGCGCUGCUUCCAGGAGAUGCUGGAAGAGGAGGAGGAGCACGAAUGGUUUAUUCCUGCCCGUGAUCUCCCACAAACAAUGGAUCAAAUCCAGGACCAGUUCAAUGACCUUGUUAUCAGUGACAGCUCAUCACUGGAGGAUCUGGUGGUCAAGAGUAAUCUGAAUCCAAACGCAAAGGAGUUUGUUCCUGGUGUGAAGUACUUAAAUAUUUGAGUAGACUGGGCCCUCUCUUGGUGGAUGUAGCACAAUUUCCACACUGUGAAGCCAGUAUUAGAAGAUUUAAUUGUAAAAGCUCUCUCUUCUUGUCACUGUGUUACACUUAUGCAUUGCCAAAGUUUUGUUAGUCUUGCAUGCUCAAUAAAAGUGCUGAGACUGUUAUUAAGUAAAUCUGUCAAAAGUUUAAUGGAAACAUAAUUGGGCCCUGGCUCUGGAAGGAGGCAGUGAGGUAAGAAGCACCAGUCAAGUUGAGACAAAGUACCACGUUUAUAAAACCUUCUGCAGACUCUGUCUUUCUAAAACAGGACUUGGAAUUUGCCAUGGAUGGUCUGUGUUAACUGGUGCUAGCUUGCACCUGAUAAUGCCUUAACUCCGGGACAAAAAGCAAGCAAGGAUAUCUGAUUGUUAUGCAAAUAGGCUAGCUUUCCUUGGAAAUACUGUUACUAAUGUUAAUUUUUCCCCUUAAAGAACCCUCAUGCUCCUUUUCAGCAGCAUGAGCCAUAACCGAAACCUUACAGACCUGUGCAGAGUCGUAGAUCUCAGCUACUGAGCUAACACCCGAGGGGCUGGAAGGAGGAAUCCCCCGCGCUUCGCAGUACGUGAUCAUGUUAGAAACGCCCCAACUUCCCGAUUAUGUUCAAGGAGAUGUGAGUUUCAUCACAAUUUCUUCCAAGAACCCAGAUAAAUACAUAGCACUGCCUAUGUAACUUUUAGCAUAUGACUUUAUUAGAGCUGGGUUUAACCAAGCCGAGCCUAGCAUUAGUGGUUUGAGUGGUGCUUUGCCCUUGCUUUGUUUAAUCAUCACUACACGAUAGUCUACAGCACAACAACUUCUUUUGUUUCGUUUUUGUUUUUUCUUUUAAUAAAGCUAGAACAGUUUUGGCUUCUUAAACUUCAUACUGGGGUAGGUUAAGCUGCCAUACGUGUUCAGUGUGAAUAGUGUUUAAGUUGAAAAUAUUGUAAAAAAAUUAUAUUUUUUCAAAAAUAUUUAAAAAAAUAAAUAAGAGUAGAACUGA